UCAAACAUCCGGUAGCCAGCUGAAUUUAAUGGCAUAUUUGCUGGUGUGUUGUUGAGGAACGCAAUCCUUCUGGUUCCCAUUAGAAUGCUAUGAGCCACCGGCCCGUCGCGCUUUGUGCGGAUAUGCUUGGUUCCGCUGGACCCUGCGCGCCUCGGUGGAAAUGACUGUGAUGUAGCUAUCUGGGCUACCUGGCUGAGUUUAACUCAAAUUUCUACCUGGUGACAAAACCCUACUUUUCACUUUCUGUCACCACCUCACUAUUCCUGCACACCCUAUGAAAAAGUCAGACAUGCUGGAUACCGCUGAAUAACCGGAAGCGUUGGAGGGGGUGUUACAUUUUAUCUUUAAGUCCCUUUAGAUGACUGCCAUGUUUUGUGUUCGUAUGAGAAACUGAGCUGGGGGAACAGUGGACAGCAAGUGAGGCUGACGGGGCCAGACAGUGAGUGUUGGUGACAGAAAAGAAGUGCCAUCCUCCCGGUACCUACCUGAGGCAACUAGGUCCCGAGGAUGACAAGCCUGUUCAAGCGCAGCAGCAGCAAUGGAGGCUCCGAAAGCAGCGGAAGUGGUGGUGGUGGUGGCGGCAGGGGGGGCGGCGGUGGACAGGGGCAGCUCAAUAACAGCAGGACCAACCGGCAGGUCCGACGCCUGGAAUUUAACCAGGCCAUGGAGGACUUCAAGACCAUGUUUCCCUCUAUGGACUAUGAGGUGAUUGAGUGCGUGCUGCGCUCCAACAACGGAGCUGUGGACGCCACAAUCGACCAGCUGCUCCAGAUGAGCAUUGACGGACAGGGUUCGGAUGACAGCUCAGACUCUGAUGACAGCAUCCCACCCGAGAUUCUUGAGCGAACGCUGGAACCUGACAGUUCAGACGAGGAACCGCCACCAGUCUACUCCCCACCAUCAUAUGACAUGCACAUUUAUGACAGAAAAUACCCAGAAGCCCCACCAUCACCCCCGCCAAGAUUUGAAGCCCAGCCACCACCAGGUCAUCAGCAGGUCAGAAGUUACCGGAACUGGAACCCUCCUUUACUUGGAAAUCUCCCCGAUGACUUUCUGCGGAUCCUCCCACAGCAGUUGGAAAGCAUAAAGCAAGACUCUCAGAGCAGUCUAUCCCACCCUUCAUCGUCAUCGUCUUCCUCAGUUUCCUCAAUAAGCCAAUGGAUAGCCCAGUCCGGGGCUGGAACCUCUGGAAGUCCAGGUUUGACAAUGGGAGCAACCGAGCAAGACAAGAAACUGAAGCAGUACCUGGAAGACGAGCGCAUCGCCCUGUUCCUGCAGAACGAGGAGUUCAUGAGAGAGCUGCAGCGCAACCGCGAGUUCCUCGUGGCCUUGGAGAGAGAUCGCUUGAAGUAUGAAUCAAAGAAAUCAAAGUCCACUCAUUCAUCUAGUAUGGAGAAUUCCACAGGAGAACAGUACUCUGCAGCAUCACUGGAGGCGGUCUCGGAUGACGCCAUGUUCAGAGACAAGCUUAAACACAUGGGUAAAUCAACAAGAAAGAAGCUGUUUGAAAUUGCCAGAACGUUUUCAGAAAAGACGAAGCGGAGAAAGUCAAAAAGGAAGAUGCUCCUGAAGCACCAUUCAUUGGGCACAACCAACUCUACAUCCAAUCUCCUCGACGACGUAGAGGCAAACCCCUGCGAGGAAAAUGGUCAGUCCAGAAGAGCAAACCCUCAGGAAGAAAAUGAGCGCCAUGAGCCAAUGUUAUGAUCCUCUUAUGCUGCACCAUGUCAGGGUUACCAUGGCAAAGGCAGUGCGACUCAUGGCUGGUGGCCUAGCAGCUCUUCCUGUCUCCCCCUGCUCACAUCACCCUAAUCCAAACCAGCCAAUGUAAGGCUCAGUAAUGACCACCUCCUCCUAGGAAGAGGAUCUGGACUUUUUCCAGCACUGGCCCAACUGUCUAUUAAUGCAUCAUCUCUGUAUUGAUAAUAUAUCAUUUGUACAUCCUGAUCAGUAUUUGUUAACUGCUCUCCUUAAUCCACUGAGAGAAACACAAAGGUAGUGAUGAUCUUGAGCCAUAUGAACCUUUAAUACUUUAUUCUGAUGGUGCCCCAGCUUUGCUUGUCAGAUCCUUUCUAUACAAUAAACCACGUAGAGCUUUUUUUACCAUGUUUUCUUAUCGGAUUGUUGUAUUUAGCUCUCCUUGGAAGUCAUGGGUUAUGGAACUGAAAUUGUUGUAUGAAAAUAUUUCGACUGCUCACAGAUGACCAGUGGAUGAACAACACUAUCCACUAUCCAUGUUUGGAGCAGUUCAGUAGUCUGCUUUGUUCUGGAAGGGAAACUGGUGUCAUUCAGCAUAUUGUAGCAACACUCACCGCACCUUGUGUCAAAAUAUCAAACCACGUUAAUGGAACAUUUGUGUCACAUAGUGUAAAUGACAAUGUGAUUUAUCAAAAGUAAUGCUGCAGACGUGAUAUUGUUGUCAUACCUUGAGACCUGGAUUAAAUUAAUCCAUCCAUUCCUUUUUAGUUUUAGCUUUCCCAUGCAACAAUAACAUGACUGAGAAUGAAUCUGAGCAUUAUACUCCACUUUCAAUAUUGUGCAAUUUAGUAAUGAAAGCAACUGAAGGAAGGAAAAACAGUGUAACGGUUUAUAGAGAAUUGGCCGCUCCAAUUAAAAACGUUGCUAUCUACCUCCACCUACCCAUAAAACCUUGAAUGUAUUCAGGGUAUUUUCUUUGUUUGGAUUAUAUUCUCAGUCCUACCACAUCUAGAGCAGAGUCAGAGCAUCAUACUUUGAAUAUUUUGCUCCUUUCAUGAUGUCACACGAUGAUAUUGGGUCCCGAUGCCUUGUAGGGGGGCAGGUGAACAUUAACAAUAAUGGAAGGUUAGCAAGCUAAUGUUGUUGGUUAAGACACUUGCCAACAUAGUACUGGAACCAUACUAGUAGACUGAAUCCACUGCUCUGUACAUGUCAAUAAAGCGACAUUCAGUGCCUCACUGAAACAUUGCUAAUAUUCUCCCAGGUUCCCAGAACUCCUACAUUAAACCUGGGAGAUGUUGUGGAAAUGGGAAAUACCACCUGUUUUGCCAUAUCUCAGAUUGUCCUUGUAGCAGAUUAUGUCUUUGUUGAUCACUUCUGCUGGAGUGAAGGAGAAAACAUGUUGUAGAUGCUGGUGUUAAUACUGUAGACAUGUUUAGACAUGAGACAAUCCAUUGUGAUUCCCACAUAAAUGAUGGAUAUGUCCUUUUGGGAGGAUGACGCAUCUGAAAGGUGCUGCGGAUAGAAGAUUCGCGCAAAUGCCCCAUUUCUUCUGCUCCUUCCAUUUGUAUUUGUAGAUGUUGACCUAGCAUGGGUUAAAUAAGUAGUGAAAGUCUGAUGUAGCCUGUGUGAGGAGUCAGAUCAUUCCUUUCUCCCUUUGAGCAUCACAUAUUUUUUGUUACUUCAGAAAGUCUCUACAAAUGAACCUCACAUUUCUAACAUUUCAUUUCAAUCUGUUUUUCUUCAAUUCUGUGUGAAUGUUUUUAUCACUUAUCAAUCCCCUUUAAUUAAACUACAUAAAAAUGUGAUUUUUUACUUUUUUAGUGAUGGACAAAUGUUUGAAUGACUGACUGCGACUUUUCCAUUAGGAAUUAAUGCAUGUUUUAGACAUUUCGUACAAGUCAUACGUGCCAUUACGUUUACAGCAGCAUUAUAUGAGCAGCUGAUCAAGUAACUAGUGGAAACGUUUAGUGACAAAUCCACUGAGAAUUGUCAUUGAGCUGUGUAUUGAAAGGGCUUUAAUGAAGCCACUGUACUCUAGUACUCAGACCCAGAGGCUGGCAGGAGAACACAGAGUAGCAGGUAGCAGCUCUCUCGCUGCUCCCAGGCCUGCUGCUAUCAGCUCGGCAUCACAGCUACUCUGCUAAAGGGUCACCGGGUUCAGCUGUUCUAUACUAACUACUAAGGGAAGCUCCCCUCGUCCCUCCCCAACACAAACACUGGUGAGAUGUGACCUAAUGGCCCCGUCAAAGGAUGUUCUGUUUGUAUGGAUAUCGCUUUAAGGGUAAGCCUACAGAUAUCCAGAGAGUUUGGGUGAACCCGAUGUUCCCGGAUGUUUAUAAUUGUGUGCUUCUUAUCACUCAUUCAGAUUAUUUACUGCUGGUUACUCUAAAGUCUAACAUGAACAGCUGGUUUAAACUUAAAAAGAGACUUCCGUGUUGGAGUGAAAUUAAUUAAUAUUAAACCUAUCUAUAAAUGGUUGACCUUU